AUGUCGUCGUCUCACGCUCUCUCGGACGACCAGGUCGCUUCCGAGCUGAAGAAAAUGACUGCGUUCAUACGGCAGGAAGCCCUCGAGAAAGCCCGCGAGAUCCAGCUAAAAGCAGACGAAGAAUUUGCCAUCGAAAAGUCCAGACUUGUUCGCGAGGAAAUUGCGGCAAUCGACAAGGAAUACGAGAAGAAGUUCAAGCAGGCAUCCAUGUCGCAGCAGAUUACCCGUUCAACUAUGGCCAAUAAGACCCGGAUAAAAGUCCUCAGUGCUCGACAAGAGCUGCUAGAUAAGCUGUUCGAAGAUGCACGGGGCAAGCUGGCCGAAGCUGCCAACAAGGACUACGAGGAGAUGUUAAAAGGUCUGAUACUAGAAGGUCUAUACAUGCUCAAUGAGAGUAAGUUGGUCAUCCGGUGUAAGCAGGCAGAGAAGGACAAGGUGGAAGGUGCUGCAAAGAAGGCUGCUGCCGAAUACAAGGAAAAGGUGGGCACUGAUGUCGAGCCUGUGAUUGACGAGAAGAACUGGCUGCCAGAAGAAUCGGCCGGCGGUGUCUAUGUCGUUGGUGGUGGCGGCAAGAUUGAAUUGAACAACACGCUCGAAGAGAGGCUGCGCAUGUGUGAAACCGACGCUCUUCCAAGCAUUCGAGCUACACUGUUCGGCGAGAACCAAAAUAGACGGUUCCAUGAUUGA